AUGUCUACAACGAAAAGAAUAUUUGACAAAAGAGGAGAAAUAAAUGGUGAAUAUGUUCCCAACCCAACAACAGGUCAAAGACAUUUGAAAUUUGGUCCACCAGGAGUUGGUGCCAAUGUUGAAGAGCCAAUCGGCGAUUAUCAUCAGGUGCCUGAUAAAGAUGAAGUGGAUAUACAUGGAGAAGGUAUAAGUGUAGAAGCAGAAAAUCGUAAUCUUGCAGAAUUAAAAUCCUUGUCUACGGAUUACGCUCGUAAAGAAAGUAAAGAGGGAACUGGUCCUCACUUAAAAACUCAGGCUGCGACCGCAGCUUCGGCGCUUGGAAAAUAUGCUGCGGCUAUCGGACAAGAGC